AUGUCUCUUCGACCGUCAAUAAACCUCACACGGCAAUGUAUCUCCAGGUUAUCUCUCAUACCACGAAGAUCAUACGCCCAGGGCACAAGACAAAAACGACCUCCACCUCCUCCACCAUUCAACACUGUUCCGACAUGUCCAGAGCCAACAUGCGGGUGUGCUGAAGCCCCGAAGAUGCCUGAGGACUUGCCUCUAGAUCGUGAGGGACCUCUCAAAGGUACAAUCGCUGGGUAUGCAGAGCAUGUGCUCGUGUGUACGGGAAAUGCAGACUGGCCGUCGAGGAUAGAAGAUGAUAAUGGCGGUGAUUGUCUCGCUGCGGAUUUGAAAGAGUUAUUUGGUCGGGGUGGAACUUACAGCGAUCCAUUCCAUAAUGUUUCUGUUCUCAACUCUUCAUUUCCAAGCUCUACUUCACCUCGCCCUCAAGUCCAGACAACGUCUGCAUACUUACUGCCAAGCUUCAAAUACAUUCCGUUUCUUCCACGGGUGUCAUUCGACAGUGUAGAAGCUCUAGCCAAGGGAUUCCUACUACCCGAGAAGCUUCACUCCAUGCAUGAUGGUCUCUCGCCCAUACAUCGAGACCGUUUAACGCGCAAGGAGGGUUACCAGGGGCUUUUGCCAGGAGUCCAGGAUGUCCGAGAUGUUCUGGUACUUAUAUGCGGACACACAGGUCGUGAUGCGCGAUGUGGUAUCAUGGCGCCUGUUCUAGCGACCGAGUUCGAGGACAAACUGGAGAAAGAAGGGUUUGAUGUUCUACAAGGACCCGUGCAAGUCAAUCUCAACGACACAGAGAGAAUACAAGGCGAAACCGGCGAGACCAAGCCAUCAGCCAGAAUCGGAUUAAUCAGUCAUAUUGGAGGACAUAAGUUUGCCGGCAAUGUUAUUAUCUAUCUGCCUCCAGACAUGAAGAUGGGCAGUGAGCCGCAUCCUUUGGCUGGUCAUGGGAUAUGGUAUGGGAGGGUCGAUCCUAAGAAUGUGGAGGGGAUUGUGAAGGAGACUGUUUUGAAGGGACAUGUGGUUGCGGAUAUAUUUAGAGGGGGAAUUGAUGCUCAGAGAAAGAUGUUGAGAAUGACUCUCAAAACAUCAUCACCAACCCUAUCAAUCUCAUCAGCCCAACGACAUGCCUCUCACAAACCAGACCUUUCCGCACCUCUCCAAGCGCGCAUAUUUCCCUCUUUGAUAGUCGUUGGAAUCGUUCUCGUCAGCGGUGGAUACUAUCUCCUUACGCCACCUUCUCGACCAGAUACUCUCAACGACAUAAGCUUUGUUCCCUACGCCAUUACAGCCAGAGAGGCAAUCUCACCAACUUCAUUCGUCAUCACAGCUGUGCCACGUACACCAAAUCCUUCUUUGCCUUAUCUCAACCCUUCAGAUAAUAAAUGGAAGAACCCUCUCUGGUCUGUGGAGUUCAAGCAGCCCGAAGUGCAGAUCUCACGGCACUAUACGCCUCUUCCACCGCUAUCUACUGAGAAUCCCACAGAUGGUGCGCUGCGCUUCUAUAUACGCACUGUUGGCGAUGGAGAAAUGUCGAAUUAUCUAGGACGAAGAAGGGUUGGUGAGGAUGUCUUUCUACGCGGUCCUCAUGUAGGCUUUGAGCUCGCUGAGCGAUUAGGCGAACACUCCCGUCUUGUCUUCCUGGCUGGUGGGACGGGUGUCGUGCCUGGUAUUCAAGCAGCAAAGGCCGUGCUGGAAGCGAAUGAGAAGUCCAGUGUUGACUUGCUUUGGGCGGUGAGAAAACGAGAGGAGAUGCAGAACAGCGCCCCUCCACAGCAAUCAUCAUGGAAGUUCUGGCAGGAGAAAAAGCCGACUGGACUGGGCACUGAGGUCAACAACCCUAGCCCGGUGACCAAGCGUUUGCAAGACCUCAAGAUGACCUACGGUGAUCGUUUGAGGAUCCAGGUCGUUGUUGAUGAGGAGGGAACUCGUUUCCAGGAUAAGGACAUCAACAACACUGUUACAACAUCGCCUGGGGCGGUAGCUUCGUUCAAUGCAGGCUGUCGAUUCCAUGACCAGGCGAUGCAUGUUCACGCCUCUGAAUUCGCUCUACCAGAGGGACCUGGAUGUGUCUGCAAACCCUCCGAGGGCACCACGCCUGGGAAGAACUUGUUUAUUGUCUCUGGCCCAGAUGGCUUCAUCGAGCAUUAUGCCGGACCCAAGAUUUGGCUAGGCGGACAGCAGACACAAGGUCCACUCGCAGGAGUAGCUGGUCGCUUGCAAAGGCAAAAUCCUGCUUUGGCUAGAGACUGGUUGGUUCUCAAGAUGUGA